AAGACUCGGCACUCCACUUGCUCCCCACACCCCAUUUUUCUCAACAAUACUCCCUGUCUCCCACCAUAUCCUUUCCAGCUUGCACAACAAUAGGCAGGUAGAUUAGCCAAAGCACAAACAUGGCUUCAUCUUCUCUAGCUUUUCCAACCCUUCAACCCCAAUUCCAGUCACUAAAAAAUAAAUCUACUUUCAAGCCCUCAGCUCGUAGCCUGUCCUUCCGGACCAUCAGAGCAUCAGUAUCAGAAAAACCAUCAGUUUCGGCUCCAGGUGUUACUGUUUCACCACCUGAAAACACCAAACUCCCGAUCCGUAAAAUCCCUGGUGAUUAUGGCCUUCCUCUUGUCGGUCCCUUUAAGGAUCGUAUGGAUUAUUUUUAUAACCAGGGCAGAGACAAUUUCUUCAAAUCCAAAGUUCUGAAAUACGGAUCAACGGUGUUUAGAGCCAACAUGGGACCAGGUCCUUUGAUUGCUCCAAAUCCACAGGUUGUGGUUUUACUUGACGGCAAGAGCUUUCCGGUUCUAUUUGACGUGACAAAAGUUGAAAAGAAAGACCUUUUUACAGGUACUUACAUGCCUUCAACAGAACUCACUGGUGGCUAUCGAAUUCUGUCCUAUCUCGAUCCAUCCGAGCCAAUGCACGCCAAAUUGAAGAAAUUCAUGUUCUAUCUCCUCAAGUCACGCCGUGAUCACGUAAUCCCUGAAUUCAAAGCCAGUUACACAGAACUCUUUACGAGUCUUGAAAAAGAUUUGGCUCUCAAAGGGAAAGCUAAUUUCGUUGCUGCUAAUGAUCAAGCAGCUUUUAACUUCUUGGCUCGGGCUUGGUUUGGUACUGAACCGGCACAGACCAGUCUUGGCCUUGACGGACCUGGUCUAGUUUCAAAAUGGGUGCUCUUUAACCUUGGUCCGGUCCUUUCUCUCGGUCUUCCAAAAUAUCUCGAAGAUCUUACAAUCCAUUCCUUCCGUCUACCACCAUCACUGAUUAAAAAAAACUACCAGCGCCUUUACGAUUUCUUCUAUGCUUCGUCAAGCUUCCUGCUCGAUGAAGCAGAGAAUUUAGGAAUUUCACGAGAGGAGGCAUGCCAUAAUCUUCUCUUCGCCACAUGCUUUAACUCGUUUGGUGGAAUGAAGAUUUUAUUUCCAAACAUGAUGAAAUGGCUAGGCCGUGCCGGGGCCAAACUUCACGCUCAGUUAGCCGAAGAGAUCAGAUCAGUUGUUCAAUCCAACGGUGGAAAUGUUACAAUGAGGGGUAUGGAACAGAUGCCGUUGAUGAAAUCAGCAGUCUAUGAAGCACUCCGGAUUGAACCACCAGUCCCUCUACAGUACGGUAAAGCAAAGCGUGAUCUGAUAAUUGAAAGCCACGAUGCUGCUUUCGAAGUCAAAGAAGGGGAGCUGUUAUUCGGGUUUCAACCAUUUGCUACUAAAGACCCGAAAAUAUUUACUCGGGCUGAAGAGUUUGUUGCUGACAGGUUUAUUGGGGAGGGAGAGGAGUUGUUGAAGCAUGUGCUGUGGUCUAAUGGGCCUGAGACAGAGAAGCCGACGUUGGGAAAUAAACAGUGUGCAGGGAAGGAUUUUGUUGUACUCGUGGCUAGGCUGCUUGUCGUGGAAUUCUUUUUAAGGUAUGAUUCUUUUGAGAUAGAGGUUGGCAAGUCAUCCUUGGGAGCUGCUGUGACGGUCACUUCAUUAAAGAGGGCAAGGUUUUAGAUAAUUAGAGAUUUUGGUUUCUUGUUGUGGGAAAAGUAUAACGUGGGUAGUGGGGAUGCCAAUGCCUGCUUUCAAGGGCAGUAGCUUUCUGUAAUGCAUAAUGGCAUUGAUAUCAUCAUGUUGGAGUCCUUUUCUUAGCUAAGUCGAUAGAAAAAACAAUGAUGAUACAGUACUCCAUUCUGUGAAUAAUGAAAUAAGAAGCAUGUUGCUAGAGUCGCAUCACUCUUUUUGAGAUAA